AUGCUGAUCCAAGAAUCCUAUCAUGAUGUCCCCACUAAAGCGGAUGGACAGGGGACGAUGCGCAUCUAUGUCUUCCACCCGACAAUUCCAGGCUACCCAAAAGCCCGCUUCCCCGGAGUCGUAGUUUUCAGCGAGAUCUACCAAGUAACGGGCCCCGUGGCACGCUUUGCACGCCAGAUCGCAGGCCAGGGCUAUAUCUGUGCUGCUCCUUCGAGCUACCAUGAAUUCACUGGUCCGGAACCUCUGAAGUAUGACGCAGAGGACACAGACAAGGGGAAUGCAUGGAAGAUUGGCAAGAAACUUGCCGCUUAUGAUGAAGAUGCUAGUCUCAGCGUGGAUUAUCUGCUCUCGCUGCCCACUUGCAACGGCCGAGUUGGUGCCACGGGCAUGUGUCUGGGUGGCCAUUUGGCCUAUCGUUGCGCGCUAGAUAGCCGGGUCAAGGCGAGCGUGUGUUACUUUGCCACGGAUAUCCACAGCAAGACCCUUGCCCUGGGUAAGAGUGAUGAUAGUUUGGAGAGAGCUGGGGACAUCAAGGGUGAGAUGCUAAUGAUUUUCGGCAAAAACGAUAACCAUGUCCCGCCGGAGGGCCGGGAUCUCAUCCGCAAGACUCUGCAUGAAAAGGGCGUCUUGUUCGGCUUCUAUGAAGUCGCUUGGGCGCAACAUGCCUUUAUCCGUGAUGAGCUCAGCAAGGGUCGUUAUGAUCCAGCUAUCACCAAGGUCUGCUUCGAGAUGCUGCUUGAGCUGUUUGGGCGCACCUUGAAGCUGGAUCUGGGCGAGCAUGAUGGGCAAAACUUGGUGAUUGAGGAUGUGUGUUAA